CCCGAGUUGGACAGUGAAAGCAAUCUGGCCGGGUGACAAAAACGUCUGUUACCGAAGGGUAACGAAGUCAUGCUGUGUGCGCGUAGAGCGGGGGAGCAGUGGACGUUCCCUUCCCGCCGCUGGUGGCCCGCUCGCCCUAACCUGCGGCGCGAGAUCCGCGAAGCGGGUCCGCGUCCCAAUCGCCCUCGCGUCUCCUUUUCGAACGGCGGUCUGGGGGUUACGUCAGACACGAGCGGAAAAGUGCAGGGCAAGCAAAUAAGCUUCUAAGGAGCUAUUCGCAGGCAUUACUGCCGAACCCCGGUAAGACCGCUCACGGCUCAACGAUCAAUGCCAUUACAAAGCAAACCUAUAAAGCAACAUGUGGUAAGUCAUCUCUUUUACUGCAAAUUUCGGCAAUGGGGAUGCCACCGCUCUAGCUGACACGGCUGCUUUCAGUAGUUGCCAUAAAUGCGCAUGAAUAACGGAUGCAUACGCUACUAACUUUUCUCACAGGUGAAGUAACGUGACAUGGUGAAACAUUUACGAUUUUUGGCUUUUUUAGUUCUUUUUUUUUUUCUUCUUCUUCGUUUUUGAUUAAAUUUUGUUUUGUAUUUUUUAUUUUAUUUUUUUAUUUUCAUUUGAAAACAAUAUGCCACAUGCGCGAAACAGGAACCCGAGCCCCAUCCCAGAAGUAACAUGGGACACGGGACUGAAGGAAAUGAACGAAACUUGGAAGGGGGCGAUCGCUUGUCUCGGCGUUGCCAUCUUCUUCGUUAUGACCAUCGGGAUCAUCUAUUGGCAAGUGGUGGAUCAGCCCAAUAAAAACUGGAUCCUGAGAGGGGGUUUCAGCGGACUGAUAUGGGAGAGACGGACACAUUCUCUGGUCAUACAGACACUGACCGAAGACAAAACCUUUGUGGAGAUUGACGUGGGGAACGUGGAAACGUCCGACACGGAGGUUCCCUUCGUGAGAAACCUUUGCUGGCUUAACAAGACCGAGUUCUGUUACACAUGGGAUUCGAUGGCAGACGUAAAGAUAGCUCUGGAAUCGGAUGACACGUCGGAGACGGAGUGCUAUACCAUAGUAUGGACAGCCCUCCAUUGUCAAGUGGAUCUGAAGGACUGCUUCUCCAUGACCAACGUGUCCUGGUACGGCGGCGCGAGCCUUCACGCGCAGAGCUGGCCCAUCAACGGCGCCAACACGUCCAUGCAGCCCUUCACCGUCAGCGACCUGCGGGAGAACCCCACCGGGUACGGGUCCGUCCUGGAGCGCUACUUCCUGGGCUCGUCAGGUGUAGCGGUGCUGGUGGACCCGGCGGUGCCCCUGCAGGUGGGGUUCGAGAGCCGCACGCAGUUCUGCCUGCGGGCGGGGCCGGGCAUGGUGCGGCAGCCCCUGCGCUACACGGUGUGCGUGGGGCGGGACCUCCGGGCCGUCCAUCAGGAGGUGGGGAGCAAGCUCCACCCCCACAGGCGCGCGCUGCCCAACCUCAGCAUUUUACGGCUGCCCUUCUGGAAGCUCCUCACAAAGGUGGACUCGGGUGCGAAGGUGGAGAGGGAGCUGAGGACCUUCUCCAACCGUCUGAAGAGGCACCAGCUGGGGGACGGAGUCAUCAGCCUGAACGAACAUUCCACAUCCCUCCUGUCCCACACGGACCAUGAAUAUGUCUCUGGCAGGAGGAGGACCUCUAAGAGGCAGGCCAGGACCCUGCCGAUGGUGCGGCUUCUGAACAUUUCCGUCACGCUGUCCCCGUACCUGAGCGUGGACUCCCGGCAGUUCCAGACCUCCCUGCAGGACGGCACGGAGGCGUACUGGCUGAGCGUGCCUACAGCGCCCCACGGACACCCGGUUCCGCUGUUGACCCAGUGGGAGGGGAAGUUCUGCGUGAAACUGAACCUCUCCAACGCAGCGGCGGUCAGCUGGCUCCUGGACCGGGUGGAGGGCCUGCAGUCCCAGCUGGACGCGGAGUACGUGAUUCUGGAGGGCGGGGAGGGGGCCCCCUCACCGGAGCGGGGCCCGCGCCUCCCCAAAGCCGCGGCCGGAGACCAGUACAUCCGGCUCCUGGCGGCCGUGGCGGCCAAGAUGGGGGCCUCCACCGUGGUUACCGCGGGAACAAGGUCCAGCGACGUCCCGCUCUUUAUCCGAAUGACCCCGCUGCGGGACGACUGGACCUACUCCGGCCUGAAAGGGUUAAUCCCGUCUGUCCUGCACUACAGCCUGAUGGGGUACAGCUUCUUCCUGCCUGAUGCAGUAGGGGGCUCGCUGAGCAGCGACUUCGUCAGCGAUGAGGAGCUGUUCGUCCGCUGGCUGGAGAUCGCCUCCUUCCUGCCCGUCGUCACCUUCCACACGCCGCCGUGGGUGUGCGGCGAGGACCGGGUGCUGAACCUGACGCGAUUCUACAUAGCCAAGCACCAGGACUUUGUGGUUCCGCUCAUAGUGAAGUACGCCACCCAGUGGCAGGAGGACCGAAGUCCCAUAUACCGGCCCCUGUGGUGGCUCAGUCCCGACGACCCCUUCACCCACACCAUCGACGACCAGUUCCUGAUCGGAGAUGAAGUGCUCGUCGCGCCCGUGACUGAGAGGGGGGCGCUCCAGAGGGACAUCUAUCUCCCGGGAGACGGGCUGCAGUGGCAGGACGCCCGCGACGGUCGAGUGUUCGACGGGGGGACGCUCCUGGAGGACUACCCGGUCGGCCUCGACGAAGUGCCCGUUUUCACCAGGAGGGAGUCCUGAACCCCGGGAGGGCUACAGCGUACUCUUCUCUCCUUUUUUAAAAUUUUUUCCAUCCUUCCAUUCGCGCUGUUCCUCGAAAGAGUUGCACUUUCCUCAAAGACCACUUGACCGUGACUUGAGAUGUGAUCUCGAGAAUUUGUAGUUUUGAGAACAUUUUUUUUAUACUUGCACUUUACGAUUGAAAAUGAUUUCUAUACAUUUUUUUUCUUUUUUAAAAAUCUUUUCAUCUGUUUCACCACUCGCUUAUCCAUGCAGUUUUUUUUUUGUUUUUUUUUGCAUUUACAGUCACAACGAAACGCCUGUGUGUUUACAUUAGAUUAAUCUUACAGCCUUUAAACGUUUAAACAUCACUGGUUCCCAUCCAAUGGAGUAACAAGGUAUAGCCUUUUAUUUUCUUAAAAAUCGUUUUUUGUUUUUUUUUUCUUUAAAGAAGACCAAAUGAGAAGGAAAAGAAGGACUGAGACAGAGCCUGAAGGACAAACGAACGCCAAGCCGCCGUUUCCUGGGAAACGUGAGCUUCCUGGCGAGCCGGCUGUGUUUCAGGACACGGGUUUUACUUGAAGCGCACGGGCCACGCCUCCACCGCACCUCAGAUUCAGAGUCACGCCAUCUCACAAACCUGUCCACUCUCACCAUCUCACAAACCUGUCCACUCUCACCAUCGCACAAACCUGUCCACCCUCACCAUCUCACAAACCUGUCCACUCUCACCAUCUCACAAACCUGUCCACUCUCACCAUCUCACAAACCUGUCCACUCUCACCAUCUCACAAACCUGUCCACUCUCACCAUCUCACAAACCUGUCCACCCUCACCAUCUCACAAACCUGUCCACUCUCACCAUCUCACAAACCUGUCCACUCUCACCAUCUCACAAACCUGUCCACCCUCACCAUCUCACAAACCUGUCCACUCUCACCAUCUCACAAACCUGUCCACUCUCACCAUCUCACAAACCUGUCCACUCUCACCAUCUCACAAACCUGUCCACUCUCACCAUCUCACAAACCUGUCCACUCUCACCGAACCGCUUCCCGCCACAACGUCUCUCACCGAAACCGUC